GUUGAUGCGACACUACUGAAAGAGACAAGCUAAUUAACUGCCACACGGAGUAUAGCCAAGUUGCUGCUGCGCCUGGUUCAGGAACGAACCUACGCAGCACCCACACACACUGCAACUCUUUGACCACGGCAACACGCCACACCCACAGACGGUCCGGCGAAAUGAACGUGCUGCGCUGCUGGUGCUGCUGCCCUGGUGGUGGACGAGACAAGACCCCGGGUCCUGGGAGAGGUGAGUGUCUGAGAGCGGGGUGCCUUGACAAUUUGGGCAGUCCAACCAAAUGUAUUGUCGAUCCCAAACAACGUAUGGAUCGACCGAGCGUUCCCUCCAAUGCCUCCAAGAUUAAGAAGCUUCUUCUUUUUCCGGGCGCCUUCCAUUCUGGCCGUGCGCAAAGACAAUGCAAAUGCCAUGAAUUCACCCAGGUUCGCGUACCUGAAGGGCGCUCGGCCGAUUAUAUCUGGUACCUUGCUGCGCCUCGGCACCUUAAAUCCUUCGACUAUGAAUAACGUGCUUUCAGGGCCAACUCAUGGGAGACUGGAG